AUGGCCAUAUACUACAAUGGGAUCGAUAUAUUCAAUGAGUUGGGCAGGAGGCAAUACUACUUUCCAGCGGAUCGAUGUCAAAUGCUGUGUUGUUGCUGUUGGCCGCCGUAUCAUUGCGCUUUAGCACUUAGCGUUAUUGACGCAACAAUCGUUGGUAUUUUUGCAUAUCGUACCGCUGAUUUAUUAUACACCUCAGGAAAUAAUAUUAAUUGGAUUGAUUUUGGCAUAUUCCUGAUCCUGUUGGGUUUCUUCAUAUGUGAAUUAUUAAGCACAAUAACACUAGCUGUUUCUUAUCGACGGAAUAAUUCUCGUUAUGUUUUACCACGUUUGAUACUACUUACUGGUCAAUUUGCUAUAACAACAUUCAUUUCUGUUAUUUUAAUUCUGUAUUUUAUGGGUUUCACCGAGAAACUUAAUGAUGUUGUAAUCGCUUCAUAUGAGUAUUGGGCAAAUGAUGAACUGAAUGAAGAUGAUCGUAAAAGAGCUGUCAAUGAGUUAUUCAUUUAUGCGAUUGGUACUUUUGUUGUUAUAUUUAUGUAUACAGUAUAUGAGCUAUUCGAAUUAUACAUUACUCGAAAAUAUCAGAAUACUCUCGAUACACCACCUGAAUUCAUUCCGGUAAGAAGUCAGGAACCACCAAGAUUAGCUGGACCGAAAUUAAGCAUUGAUCAACAGCAAUGUAUCUCAGCACCACCACCACCCUACAAUUCGCAAUAUCGUUAA